UAUAUAUUUCAAUUUUGUUCUAGAAAUUAUUUGCUACAGUAGAGCUCCAAUGGCGUUGGAAGCUUAUGCUUCGCAAGCCUCCGAUUCGAUUCACACGGAUGUUCUCUCAGAAGCACGAUUGGCUUGCUACAAGGCGCGGGACGCGUUUUAUGCUUGUAUAGAGAAAGAAUCGAACAAGAAGCCGACGGAAGUUGCCUCUGUCGGGCUACUCUACCCUGUCGAAUGCAAGAAAGCAAGGGAGGCAUACGAGAAGCAGUGCAGAUCUACUUGGGUUAAGCAUUUUGAUAGGCAGUAUUGUGCCAGGAGGAAGGUUCGAAGGCUGUUGGAUGAUAACUAGUCGAGGAGAGGUCUGUUGUCAGCUACGCAGCGUUAGGCAUUUAAACUCCCUAGUUGAUAUUAAUAUUGAUGUUGAUGUUCAAUUGGCUUCAUUUGAUAGAGUGUUUGAAUCUCAUGAUUGUCUGAGCUAUCUUGGAUAUUAUCAGAUUGACAAAAUGAUGAAUAACUGCUGUGAAUUACAUAUGUUUCUGGCGCAA